UACCGUUAUUCCUCUUUGCCAGCCAAUUCUAUUCGUCUACUUCGGCUGCAGCCGCAUUCAGAUGAACAUGCUCUAGUGCACUGCCAACUCUUUGAGUAUCCUCUCCUAGACUCAAGCAGAGGCACUCACCUCUACGAGGCUUUAUCUUACGUAUGGGGCUCUGAAGAGAAGCCUCGACGUAUUUUAACCAACAAAGGCGAUCUGUAUAUUACGGAAAAUCUCCACGCGGCUCUAUUGCGUCUCCGAGAUCGCUCAUUUGAACGAAUCAUAUGGGCCGAUGCUAUUUGCAUCAACCAGGAUGACAUUGAAGAGCGGAAUCACCAGGUUCAAGUUAUGGCGAGUAUAUACGCUAAAGCAAGCCGUGUAAUAGUUUGGCUUGAACAGGCAAUGGGUAGCCAUCCAAGGGACAGCAAGGCCUCAGAUGAUGUCCACCGAGCGCUUGAAGAAAUAAGUAACGCUGCGAGCGGCCAGCCGGUCAAGUCUUCUGACCACGAGGCAGCCCGCCUUGCAAUCCAGACGCUUCUUCAGCGAUCAUGGUUUGAGCGUAUCUGGGUACUCCAGGAGGUAGCUGCGGCUCGGCAAGUUCUAAUGAUGUUUCACUCCAUGGACAUGGACGGACUUGCAUUCUGCACGGGUCUAACUGCACUAAACCAUGACUUUAAAGACCCAGAUACGCAGAAUCGUAUUCGGUCGGCGGCCUACCUAAUAAAGGGCGCAGGCCUGCGACCGAAGCAUCUAGCUACUUUCUCGGACAGAUUUUCUCUUAACAUCUGUCCUCUCGGGGAGCUAGUGGAUAUGUAUCAUACCCGCAAGGCAAAGGAUCUGCGGGACAAGAUUUAUGCCUUGCUGGGUAUGAGCUCUGAUACUCUAAGCGGCCUGCUACCUAACUAUAACAUGUUGUGGAGAGACCUUUUUCGUCAACUUGUGCACUCUCUCGUCGGUGAGCAAGCACUUGUCAACACCUGGGACAACCAGCAAGUCGCAGUUAUCAAGCAUACAGGCUGUGUUCUCGGAAAGGUACUCUCGGUAUCCAACGCCGGCGCGUGGGAUGAGAGACAGAGUAUAGAUGUUAGUAUUGCUAUAGAUGACGGUUCUGAAGACUUGUGGAGGUGGGACGGCUGCUGGACUCUCCAAGCCUCUGCAAAAUCCAUCCAGCAGGGCGACGUUCUCUGCCUUUUGCAGGGCGCUUCAAAGCUCACAAUCAUAAGACCAUGUGAGGACUAUUGUGUCGUCGUCGCAAUUGCCGUUACCGCAAUCGGAUAUAAGCGACUUGAGGGGACGCCUUUCGACUGGCUGGAUUGUUCGCGACGAAUACAGGCCUUCCCCCGCGAAAUGCUACUCGUAUGGGACUGGGAAACUCCU